AUGUGUCAGCAAUUGCCAGUGGGUCAGAAGGCAUUCCACUGUAAUUCUAUUGAGUUGUGGGCUGGCACAGAUGCUAAGGUGGUGAUGCCAUGGACAGCCAUACAAAAUAUGGGAGAGACUGCCCUGCUGGCACACAUCAUGGAGUUGAAUGUGCUGCAGGUCAAAAGAGGAGAGGUGAGAUGUAUGAUCCACACCAGUCCUAUGCCACAUACCUGGUGGACAAGGGACCCUACCCAUCUGGAUGGGUAUGAUUGUUGGUCAUUGGAGGAAGUUUUGCAGGAGGCCAAGGAAUUCUUUGUUGGGGUUGAGGAAGGAAAAGACAGUCUCCAACUGCUGUGUGACAUGGACCAGAUGCCAUCAGACAGCAUCAGCUGGUUGAUUGAAAGCUGUGAUGAGAUGAUCCAUCAGGAGGAGAUUCACCAGCUCCAUGGUGUGAUGGAAUUUUUCAGUGGAUGGCUCACCCUUUUUGACAGGCUUGGACAAGUACAGGACCAGCUUGAGGACUUCCAAGUCAAUUGA